AUGUCAGCCGCUUUCAUGAAUGGAAGGAGCCUUUCUAUUCUCAGAAGAGGUAUUCUAGAUCCAAACUUCGAUGCACACUUAUGUUCGAGAAAGUCUCGGGGAACUCAAAACCAUUUUCUUCUGAGUAGACAGCGCUCAGAAGGAUUACAAAUCCCAAUGAAGUCCAUCACCCACCUCUCCUUGUUACUGGUUAGUCUUCAAGUCCAUUGUCACCACCUCCCAGGACACCAGGACAACCAGGAUGAACACGAAGGUCAAAAUCCACUUGAACAUCAACAUCUUCCUUUGGCAGAAGAACAGGGGGUCACCCCCCCAGACUAUCAUAAGAUAGCUCUCAGUAAUGCUGAUUUUGCAUUCAGAUUCUACAGGAACAUAGCUUCAGAUGCAGCUGCCCAAAACAUUUUCUUCUCUCCCUUCAGCAUCUCCACAGCUUUUGCAUUGGUGGCCUUAGGUGCCAAAUCUGAAACCCAGGAUGAAAUUCACAAAGGACUUGCUUUUAACCUGUUGGAAAUUGAGGAAAAGGAGAUACAUGAAGGCUUCCGCCAGCUCAUUCAUGUGCUUAACCAUCCAGAUAGCAAAGCACUGGUGAACUUAGGGAACGCCUUGUUUAUGGAACACUCAUGGAAAUUCCUGCCUACGUUUCUGGAGGAUGCCAAAACCUUCUAUGAAGCUGAUGGGUUCUCCACCUACUUCAACGUUUCCAGAGUGGCUAAAAAGCAGAUAAAUGAUUACGUGCAGAACAAAACUCAUGGGAAAAUAGCCCAUGCCCUUGAUGAACUCGACCCAAGCACUGUGAUGGUUCUUGUGAAUUACAUCUUCUUCCAAGCUUACUGGGAAAACCCUUUUGAUACUAACUUUAUCAGGGAAAAAGACUUCUUUGUGGAUGUAAACACUACUGUCAAAGUCAACAUGAUGCAUCGAAAAGGCAGCUACAAGUUUCUCCAUGAUGAACAUCUCUCUUGCUACGUGGUGGAAGUUCCCUACAAAGGCGAUGCAACAGCAUUCUUCAUUCUGCCGGAUAAAGGAAAACUGGAGCAUGUAGAAGCUACUUUGGAGAAAGAAAGUCUGCAUGCAUGGAAAAGAUCCUUUAGACAGGAAAAUAUAGCUCUGUCCAUCCCCAAAUUUUCCAUUUCUGCAUCGUAUGAUGUCAAAGCUCUGUUGCAGAGAAUGGGUGUGACUGCUGUCUUUAAUGACACUGCUGAUCUGUCUGGAAUUACCGAAGAACACAGUCUGAAGGUUUCUAAAGCUGUUCACAAAGCUUUGCUGGAUGUUAAUGAGAGUGGUACUGAAGCAGCAGCUGUCACCACUAUAGAGUUUAUGCUACGUUCUGCUUCAGUUCGUAAUUUACUUGUCAUCAAAUUCAACACACCUUUCUUGAUUAUCAUUAUUCAUAAGGAAACACAAAGCAUUCUGUUCAUAGGGAAAAUUGUAGACCCUACCAAAAAAUGAAUAUUAGAAGAAAAAUGACAGCCUCUUCAGCUCCUUUUAAAAAAUGGAUUUCCCCCUUUGCUUUUAGAAGUGUGUUUUAAUUGGCCUAGGACCAUUACCAGUUGUUUUAGGGGUGAAUAAGAAUGGCUGCAAAGCAUUUUUGUAAUUAAAAAAAAUGAUGUUAAAAUCCUGUAA